GCCGCUGCAGCGGCUGAGUGUGUAUUGGUUAGAGAAGAGGGCGCAGAGCCGCUGAGGCGGUGCUUGACAGGAGGGAUCCGCUCAGUCUCUGCUCCGCAUUAGUCCGCUGCUCCCACCCCGCCGACCUGCUGCCUCCGUUUAAACUUAACGGACACUUCGUUUGUGAAAGCCGCAUUUUGGAUGACUGUUAAACGGCAGCACGACGAUCGCAUUUAAGGCUAUCAACCAAGUGGCGACAGAAAGGCAGGCAGCUAGUGCAGAAGCAGGCACUAUGUCCACCCCCACAAACCCAGAGGUGAAGGAGCUGAACCCUGUCGACUUUAUCCAGCUACAGCAGUACAUUGAAUACUGCAGCCUGAAGGUGAAAGAUGUGCUCAGGGAAUUUGAUGCAGAUGGUCGUCUGGCCCGGCACAGACAUGGAGAGUGCAUCAAUGAAGAAGGCUUUCGUCUGUUCCUGAAGACGUAUUUAGAAGUGGAGGACUUCCCUGUGGAUCUCUGCCAGCGACUCUUCUGCUCCUUCCAAAACUCCGAACCCACCCAGGCAGACAGUGCCAAAGAGGUCUUUCUGAAGGAUGUUUCGUGUUACUUCUCUCUGCUGGAGGAUGGCCAGCCAAGGGAUAAGCUGGAAUUUGCUUUCAAGCUCUACGACAGAGACGGCAACGGAGUCCUCGACAGCUCUGAAGUGGAUAGGAUUAUUGCUCAGAUGAUGCAUGCUGCAGAAUACCUCGGAUGGGACGUGUCAGAGCUGAGGCCGGUUCUGAAGGACAUGAUGACCGCAAUUGAUGCUGACAGCAGCGGCACGGUGUCUCUGGAGGAGUGGGUGGAGGGAGGCAUGAACAACGUCCCCUUGCUGGUCUUGUUGGGUCUGAAGAUGACCCAGAAGGACGGGCAGCACCUUUGGAGGAUGAAACACUUCAACAAGCCUGUUUACUGCAACGUGUGCCAUAGCAUGCUGCUGGGUCUGAGGAAACAAGGACUGUGCUGCACUUGCUGCAAAUACACAGUCCACGGACGCUGUGCCAACAGGAACCCGGCCCCCUGCACCCGGACCUAUGUGAAGUCAAAGAAAGAAACAGGGGUUCCAGCACACGACUGGGUGAGUGGGAACUGUGACUCUAAGAGGUGUGAAAAAUGCCAGAAGAAGAUCAAGAGCUAUCAAGGCUUGACGGGCAAACACUGUGUGUGGUGCCACACGAUGCGUCAUGAUGAAUGUGCAGGCCAGGAGCCAACAGUGUGUACCUGUGGGCCCCUCAGAGACCACAUCCUGCCUCCAUGGGCAAUCUAUCCUGUUAUAAAGGAGAGACCAAACAAUGUAAAGAAUGGCUGCUCAGGCUCAACAGAUGACAGUGAGCUCAAUACUACUCCUGAUGGACAAGUGCUUCAGAUCAGCCCCGUGCCAAACACCCAUCCUCUUCUAGUGUUCGUCAACCCUAAAAGUGGUGGCAAGCAGGGAGAAAGAGUCCUGCAUAAGUUUCAGUAUUUACUGAAUCCACGGCAGGUAAACAACCUUUCCAACGGCGGACCUGGACCAGGACUGAGUUUCUUCAGACAUCUGCAGGAUUACAGGAUCUUAGUGUGCGGGGGUGACGGCACAGUUGGCUGGAUUCUAGACGCAAUAGAUAAAGCCAAUCUGGUGGUGAGGCCCCCUGUCGCUGUGCUUCCUCUGGGCACAGGAAAUGACCUAGCACGGUGUCUGCGAUGGGGAGGAGGAUAUGAUGGUGAGGAUCUGAGUCGUAUUCUUAAAGACAUCGAGGGGAGCACUCAGGUGAUGAUGGACCGCUGGACUGUGCGGGUCAUCCCAGAAGAGAGUCAGGAGAAGGGCGACCCCGUUCCCUAUGAAAUCAUCAACAACUACUUCUCUAUCGGAGUUGACGCCUCCAUUGCCCACCGCUUUCACACAAUGAGGGAGAAACAUCCCCAGAAAUUUAACAGCAGAAUGAAGAACAAGCUGUGGUAUUUUGAAUUUGCCACUUCAGAAACCAUCUCUGCUUCCUGCAAGAAACUGAACGAAAGCCUAACCAUCGAGUGCUCUGGUACUCCACUGGAUCUCAGUGGCCUGUCUCUAGAAGGGGUUGCUGUCCUCAACAUUCCCAGCAUGCACGGUGGCUCCAAUUUAUGGGGUGAGACCAAAAAAGGGGACACUAAGGGACUGACAAGUCAGGAGGAGCCCGAGGUGAUCAUCGACCCAGAAAUCCUGAAAGUGUCCUCCCAAGAUCUCAGUGACCGUCGAUUAGAGGUGGUCGGCCUGGAGGGAGCCAUGGAGAUGGGACAGAUAUACACGGGUCUUAAGAGUGCUGUGAGGCUCGCGAAAACAUCCCAGAUCACCAUCAGGACGAAGAAAGCUUUACCGAUGCAGAUAGACGGAGAGCCGUGGAUGCAGCCCCCAUGCACUAUUCACAUCACACACAAGAACCAAGCCCGCAUGUUGAUGGCUCCUCAGGCCAAAUCCUCUGGCUUUUUCACCUACAAAUAAAACUGCUCCGAAGCAGCCACACGCGCUCGUUUGUUGUAAAUAGAGGACUGACACUUUUCUUAACUAUAAAAUCAGUUGGAAUGUUUAUGUUGUAGAAUAACAAGUUAUGAUAACUGCAUCUGUGUAACAUAUAACCGAAGCAUGGCACUGUAUGAAUACAACUGUAUGGUAGGAUACGUUUGCAUCGUGGCAAAAUGAUUUUCACCAAACUCAACUCUCUCGCCGCCUCUGUGUCAGUGCUUCACGGUUAGUGAAAACGCUGCUCUGUAAGAACUUAAAGUGAAUGUCCUGCUAAAAGAAGAAUAUUCUGCUUCAUGUGCCUUUACAAUCUGUUCUCUAUGGUUCUGGCUUUGGUAGAAGACUUACAGAGCUCUGUGUAGACGUGCACUUUGGACAUAAUCCAUGUAGUAUUGCUGUUUUUGUUGUGGCUGUAAAGAUGCUGUGAAAGCCAGAUAUAGUGUAUGUUCUUGUCAAUUUGGAACCAACCACUUUGUCAUACGUUUUUAGAAGAUACUUGAAAGUGUUUUGGGGAACAGUAAAAGAACAAUCAUUGCCAAAAAGGCUGCAUGUUGAUCCGCUGCAGCAGUCAGCCUACUCUACUGUUCCUUACUCUACUGUGUGUGUGUGUGUGUGUGUGUGUGUGUGUGUGUGUGUGUGUGUGUGUGUGUGUGUGUGUGGUGUGUGUGUGUGUGUGUGUGUGUGUGUGUGUGUGUGUGUGUGAGAGGGCAGAAAGUUGAGAUGUAUUAUUCACUUCUAAUUUAUAAAUUGCAUUGGAUUUGAAAUUAAUGGUUCACCGGUUGAAAUAUAUUAUGUAAAUAAUUGAAAUGCUUAAUCAUUCAUAUCAUUUCAAAAUAUCUAGAAGAUGUUUAUGUAAUAUGCUUGAGAUAAACACUGUGGAAAGAUUUUAAUAAAUCAUGGACUUCA